AUGAAAAUUCAAAUGGAAAUUGAGUCGAAUAAAGUUGAAAAAGUGGCAGCUCAAAGUGACUGGCAAGUGAUUGAAACUUAUUUCAAUGUGUUGAAUCAUAUCAUAUCUUCAAUAGCGGCCGUUUACAUGAGUUUCUUGUGUUACAGUACUGGAUAUAAGCCAAUUAGCUAUCAUUCUUGGCUCUGUACAAUUGGAUACCAAUUGUUGAUGACACAAGCGAUCUUAGCACUUUAUUCGGAAAAUGUGUGGUCAAAGCAACACACUAGACAAACGCAAAAGACCAUCCAUUGGGUGUUACAAGCUGUUGGUUCUUCGACUGCCAUUCUUGGAAUCAUCAUCCAAUAUAUUGACCGGAGCCUAAAUUCAAAACCACAUUUUUCAAGCACACAUUCGAUCAUUGGAUUGAUCGCAGCCAUUUUCACAUUGAUUGGCAUGUUCAAUGGCAUUUCAGCACUCUGGUCGAUUAAACUCAAAAACUACGUUCGACCAGUUUACUCCAAAUUGGCGCACAAUUUGCAUGGCACGGUUGCUUAUUCAUUAGGUAUGACUGCUCUUUCCUAUGGUUACGAUCAAGAUUACAUGCAGGCCUACUCGCGUGAAGAUAUCCGAAUGUGGCUUCAAGUAUUGUUGUUCUUUUCAUCCAAUUUGACAUUGAUCGGUGCUUCUCGUGCAGCUCUCAAUCAUUAUCGCAAUGCCAAAAAUUACAAAAAGACACAAAAUGAAUCUAUGGAACCAGUAAAAUGAGCACAAAUCGAAGGAAGACCAAA